AUGGACACCACCUUCAUCUCCAUUCACGACCUCACCGAGGAGGCCAAAGUACUCUAUUCAUCCGACUCAGUGGUAGACAUUCUAGGCUACACGCCCGACGAACUCGUCAAUCGCUCAGCAUGGGACUUCUUCGCUCUCGACGACUUGCCAUCGGCUCGUCGUUUUCACGCCCGACGUGUCGCCUCUGACAAAGCCGCCGUUCUGGCAUAUUGCCGCAUCAAAGACAAGUCGGACCAAUGGGUCGGCUGUGAGUGCUGCUUCACCAUCGUCUACGAUGUCAUGGUGGUUUGCACGAGUAUUUACAAGCGAGGAAUGAGGAGCGACCAACGAGCUGCCGAUGCUCCCGUGGUUCGACGAUUAUUCUCAUCCUCUCCGAAGGAUCCAAGAUACCACAUGAUGUCCCACCUCUCCACCAAGUUCGCUCAACCCUCCAAACCGCAAGAGCACGAGCCUCGAGCCGCGCUCUUCCUCAAUCGAUUCACGCGCACUCUCACCAUAAUGUACGCCACCAGCGGUCUGGCAGAGGUGAUCGGCAUACCCGCCGAGGUCAUGCGCGGUCGAAGCUUCUACUACUGCAUCGCCGAAAACUGUCUUCAAGACGCCAUCAAAUGUUUGGAGAAUGCCAAAGGCAACGACUCCAUCGCAUACCUCCGAUUCUGGUUUCGCGAUCCUCGGACUGACGACGAGCCAGCGGUGGACAACGACAGCGACGAGGAAAUGACCACAGACACCAGCGAUGGAGGUGUCGACCUUGAGCACGAUGCAUAUCAACCCGCCGCACACUCCAUGGACAUCGACAACGAGAGCCCAAUUACGAAUUCGCGGCAGUCAUCCGGUGAUAGCAGUACGCGUGCGCAAGACACGCACGAAGCAGUGUUCGGUCAAGCACGAACCGCUGACUCGUCUGCCUCUUCAGUUGGACUCUCUCCCGAUCGCGAUCCACUCUCGCCACCGCAGCAACCGGAACCAAUCGAACUCGAAGCCGUCAUCUCAUGCACAUCAGACGGUCUCGUUGUCUGCUUAAGGAAAGCCCGACCCAUCAUCCCACAAAUGGUCGCCGGCCAAUCCGUACGUCCAGCCUACGCAAAUGGCCUCUUCGCCGCACCCUGGGCAUUGGAGCCGGUCCUACCAUCGCACGACACACGAGCCGGCGCCAACUACAACAACUCUUUCUUUGCACCAUCUCAAGGCCCACAAGCCGCCCGUCAAGCCGGCUUCUCAACACCCGCUGAUCAAAACGACUUCAUGAACGCCAUUCGCGAACAAGCCGUCUUCGCAUGGGCACUGACGGGAAUUAACGGCUCGCUUGCUGCAUACGGUCAAGGUAGACCAUGCGGUGAGUCCCUCCCUGUGAAUGGACUUCCCGUGUGGGCUAGCGAUCCGUACCACGCAUCGGGAGAAGAGAGCGGAGGUAGCGGGUCAUUGAGCGGACAAGAGUUCUUCGGCUCUGCCACGAGGAGUCCUCAACAGAGCAGUCGGUCGAAAGCACACAUUUUCGGCGACCCGGGCUUGGGGAGGAAUGGAAGCGGGCACAGCAGUGGUACGGGCAACAGGUGA